CCGUCUUCUGUUGUAAAAAAAAAGCAGAAAAUGAAAUCAAAGCAAAUCAAAAUGAUGUUCUUUUUAUUAAUUGUAGUUUCAGCUUUGAUUUUGCGACCGUCCAAAGCUCAGAUAAAAACGAGCAUAUGUUCAAGAACACAGACAAGGCCGAUAGAUAACGUGGAUGGAUGUUUCGAUGCGGUGAGAUUAGCUGCGGAUGUAGAUAUCAAAUGGCUAUCAAGAGACUGUUGCAAAGCAGUGAAAACACUUGAUGAUUGCCUUUUGCUUGUAUUUCCCAACAGAGCUUACAAUACUAAUCUCUUCAAAGAAAUUUGUUUCGAAAUUUUCAAUAACUUAAUUUUAUGA